GUAGGGAGAGAGGGAGUCGCCAUUGCUGCCUGGCGGUGGUGAGAGGGGAGGGAGCAGGUUUCGGUUUACAGAACAUUCCUCACCCGACAACAGCGAGAUCCUCCCGAACACAGGCUGGGACCGCUCGGGACCUCGGCCCCCUCUUCGCCCGGCUGUGGACGGUGUCGCGGGGCCCCUCUCACCGCACACCGAGGACGGCGGACGGGACUCUAGAUGCGGGGACGCGUUCUCCUCCUCUCCGUGGUAUGUGGAGCAGGGAGCGACCAUGCUAAUAGGCAGGUGAUAAAAGGAGAAGCCGACUGCUCUGUCCCAGCUUAAAGAAGACCGAGGACAGAAACUGAGAGAGACACACACAGAGUUGGAGAAGAAUUCACAGCCAAUAAGGGAAAAUCAGAAUGACAGUGUGUCUGUGCCACUGACGAGCAGAACUGGAAUGAUAUCCUGACCCUUUUCCUGGAAGUGACCAAGUUAGCGAUGAGCGGGGGGACAUAAUGGCCAAGAACAAGGAUGCGCGCCCCCCGAUAUUCGCCGUCAGUGUGGUUGGCCUCUCGGGGACAGAGAAAGAUAAGGGAAAUUGUGGCGUAGGCAAGUCUUGCCUGUGCAAUCGGUAUGUGCGUCCUGAUGCCGACAACUACUACUCGGAGCACACCUCAGUGCUGAGCACAAUAGACUUUGGUGGACGUGUGGUUAACAAUGACCACUUCCUCUUCUGGGGGGAUGUGUCCCAUCGAGGGGACGAUGGGUUGGACUGUAAAAUCCAAGUCAUUGAGCAAACAGAGUUCAUUGAUGACCAGACAUUUCUUCCGCAUCGGAGCACAAACCUGCAGCCGUACACCAAACGGGCCGCAGCAACCAAGCUUCAGUCAGCAGAGAAGCUUAUGUACAUCUGCACGGACCAGCUGGGCUUGGAGCAGGACUUUGACCAGAAGCAGAUGCCGGAUGGGAAGCUGAACAUUGACGCCUUUAUGCUCUGCAUCGAUGUCAGCAAGGGUUGCAAUAGGAAGUUUGAUGACCAGAUAAAGUUUGUGAACAGUCUCUACUCUCAAAUUGUUAAGUCAAAGAAGCCUAUUGUUGUUGCCGCCACAAAAUGUGAUGAGUGUGUGGACCAGCACCUGAGGGACCUGCAGAACUUUGUUGCCAGCAAGAAAAACCUGAUGCUAAUUGAGACAUCAGCACGCUCAAACGUCAACGUGGAGCUCUGCUUCAAUACCCUCAUCCAGCAGCUGGAUAAAACAAGGGGGAAACCAAAAACUGUGCCAUAUCUGGAAGCCUAUAAAAUCCAACGGCAGCUUGUUGCCUCAGUCACAGAUCGAUUUGACAAAUUGAUGGUGCACACGGUGAGAGAUUACCAUACCACGUGGAAAACGGUGAUCAAUAAUAUGAAGGGGCAAUCCGACUAUGAUGAUUUCAUCACUUUGGAGGGCUCAAGGAAAGCGCGCAACAUAUUCACAAAGCACAUUGCACAACUUAAACAGGAGCACAUUAAGAGAAGGAGGGAAGAGUACCUGACAACACUACCGAAAACCCUUAAUAACCUCCUCAAUAACCUGGAGGAGGUUGAACACCUCACAUGGCCGGAGGCACAGAGUGUGAUCCGGAACCGGCCUGAUUUCCAGUACUGGUUUGUGAUUCUGGAACAUACACCAUGGGAUGAGACGGACCACAUCGACAUCAGUGACCGCAGGAUACCCUUUGACCUUCUCGAUACACCAGAUGGUGAGAGAAUUUACCGAAGCCACGUCCAACACCUGCUGUCAGAGAAGAGAAGGGUGGAGAUGAAAGAUAGGUUCAAGAAGACACUCGACAGGGUUCAUUUUAUCAGUCCAGGCCAGCCUUGGGAGGAAGUCAUGUGCUUUGUCAUGGAGGACGAAGCAUACAAGUACAUCACAGAAUCAGAUAGGAGGGAUGUUUACUGCAGACACCAGCAGGAAAUUGUUGAAAGGGCCAAAGAGGAUUUUCAGGAAAUGCUUUUUGAGCAUGCUGAGCUAUUCUAUGACUUGGAUCUGAAUGCCACCCCCAGCUGCGACAAGAUGAGUGAAAUUCACAGUGUCCUGAAUGAGGAGCCCAGAUACAGAGCGCUGCAGAAGCUUGCCCCAGAUAGAGAGUCACUCCUUCUCAAACACAUUGGGUUUGUUUACCAUCCUACUAAGGAGACGUGUCUGAGCGGGCAGAAUUGUGUUGAUCUGAAAGUGGAGCAGGUUUUGGCAAACAGGCUGGUACAGCUCGACCAUGGACGCUCUAAUCUCUACUAUAACAGUGCCAACAUCGAUAAGAUCAACCUCUGCCUCCUGGGAAGGGAGGGUCUCUCACAGGAACUGGCCAAUGAGAUCCGAGCUCAGUCCACAGAUGAUGAGUAUACACUUGAUGGUAAAAUUUACGAAUUGAAGCUUCUUCCUGUGGAUGUCAACUCAACUCUGCUCUUCAGCCAUACAUGGGUCACCACUUUCAAGCCACAUGGUUGCUUUUGUGUCUUCAACUCCAUAGAGUCUCUCAACUGUAUUGGAGAUUGCAUAGGCAGGAUCAGAGCAGAGAUAGCUCAGAGUAGGAGAGAUAGAUUUGCUCAGCCGCUCCCGUUCAUUCUCAUCCUGGCAAAUCAGAGGGACAGUGUUUGCAAAAACAUACCUAUCCUGAGGCACCAGGGCCAACAGCUGGCAAACAAGCUGCAGUGCACCUUUGUCGACAUCCCCUCUGGGGCCUUUCCACGCAAAUUCACUGAGUUCCAAGUCAAGCAGGGUCUCCGAGCAGUGCUGGAGGGGCUAAAGCAUAACUUUGAUGUCUUGGCUCCACUGCCCUCAAUCAAAGACAUGUCAGAGACGGACCUUAGGAUAGUGAUGUGCGCCAUGUGCUGGGAUCCUUUCAGCGUUGACCUCAUCCUCUCGCCUUUCCUCGACUCGCAUUGCUGUAGUGCAGGGCAGCCAGGCCAGAGCAACACGCUGAUACUGGACAAGAUCAUUGGUGACAGCAGGAGGAGGAUCCAGGUCACUGUCCUCUCCUAUCAUUCUGCUAUUGGUGUCCGCAAAGAUGAACUGGUGCACGGCUACAUUUUGGUCUAUUCUGCCAAGCGCAAAGCGUCUAUGGCGACGCUGCGGGCGUUCUUGGCUGAAGUCCAGGAUGUGAUUCCUGUUCAGAUGGUGGCGAUCACAGACAGCCAGGCAGACUUCUUUGAGAAUGAUGCCAUCAAGGAGUUGAUGACAGAGGGGGAGCACAUUGCCACGGAGAUUACCGCUAAGUUUACAGCACUCUACUCGCUGUCACAGUAUCAUCGACAGACUGAGGUUUUCACUCCCUUCUUCAAUGAAGUUCUGGAGAAGAAGCUGGGCAUCGAGAGUUCCUUCCUGUUUGACAGCUCGUCACGUGAGUGCACCACUGGUGCCAGUGAAGAUGUCUUCCCCACCUCACCCCAUAGCCAUUCCCCAGCCUACACCACCUAUUACCCAGAAUCUGAUGAUGAUAACGAAGCCCCACCACCUUAUAGUCCAAUAGGCGAUGAUGUUCAGCUUCUCCCCACACCCAGUGAACGGACCAAGUACCGGAUCGACCUCGAGGGCAACGAGUAUCCAGUCCAUAGCACGCCUGUGGGAGACCAUGACCGCAACCACAAAGUGCCUCCACCUGUCCGGCCCAAACCAGUGCUCCCCAAGCCUAAUGUGAAAAAGCUUGACCCCAACUUGCUUAAAACCAUUGAGGCCGGCAUGCGAAGUAACCGUAGGAUGACUCGUGGCCCAAUGACACACUCGGAGGAUGUUGAGUCAUCAGACAACUAUGCAGACCCUGUGGACACCUUGUUAAGGUCCAGGGGGUUCCAAAACGACGACAUAUAUGCCGUGCCUGAUGACACACACAGCCGCCUGGUCAAAAUAAGAAACUCCUUUGGUGGGUUACAUGGCCUCCAUGGAGGGGGGGAGGAAGAGAAUGGAUUCGACCGAAAAUCUCAGGCUCGGCGACGGCCGUCGAAAUACAAACAUCGUUCUAAAAUCCUGUUUAGUAAGACAAAGGCCUACCAAAGAAGAUUCCAGUCUGACAGUGACGGAGAGGAGUCUGGCCCUGCCACGCAGAAAAAGAAAAAGGGAAGAGCCCACCGGGGCAGCGAAGAAGACCCACUGCUCUCACCUGCUGACCCCUGGAAGGGCGGGAUAGACAACCCUGCUAUCACCUCCGACCCCGAGCAGGACGACAAGAAGAUGAAGAAGAAGAAGACGCCCAAAACACCAAAGGAACCAAAGAAGCCGAAAUCCUCCAAGCCCCCCAAGCCUCUGUACCCCCCAACCCGCAGAACCUGGGAGAGCAACUAUUUUGGCGUUCCGCUGCAGAGCCUGGUGACCCUGGAGCGACCCAUCCCACUCUUUAUCGAGAAGUGUGUCGACUACAUCGAACGCACAGGUCUGACGACUGAGGGCCUGUAUCGCGUCAGCGGAAACAAGACGGAUCAGGACAACAUCCAGAAACAGUUCGAUCAAGAUCACGGUAUCGACUUUGUGGUGAUGGACGUGGCGGUGAAUGCAGCUGCAGGAGCGCUGAAGGCCUUCUUCGCCGACCUGCCUGACCCGCUGAUCCCCUACAGCCUGCACCCGGAGCUGGUGGAGGCCGCAAAAAUCGUGGAUUACAUGGAGCGUCUGCAGGUCUUGAGAGAAAUCGUGAAGAAGUUUCCCUCCGUCAACUACCAGGUCUUCAAAUACAUCAUCACACACCUCAACAGGGUGAGUCAGCACAGCAAGAUGACGCUGAUGACGCCCGACAACCUCUCAAUCUGCUUCUGGCCCACGCUGAUGCGGCCCGACUUUGAGAACAAGGACACGCUGUCCACCACCAAGCUGAACCAGGCCGUCAUCGAGUCCUUCAUCCUGCAGAGCGACUACUUCUUCCACGGCGGCGAGGUGGCGGAGAGCUCCAGCAGCGAGGGCACGCCGCCACCGCACUGCCACAACAUGGUGGAGGCCCUGCUGCCGCUGCAGCUGCCCCCGCCCCUGCAGCCGCAGCAGAUCCAACACUCCCUGCCCCCAGACCCGCUGAUAUAAGGAGCAUGCUGGGAAAUCAAGUGAGGGGUUAUUUGUCCGCGCUGCCAAUCGCUUUUGGACAUGAAUCGCCUGGAGGUCGUCUUCUGCUCUAACGCUCGGCUGUUAACAUCGGAGAGCUGAAGCCUGUUGGUGAUUUUUAGGGAUUCAGCAGCUGCUGUUUGUCAUCGACUUUGAGGUGAAUGAGCUUUGGGGUUUAGAGACACGUCGAGCGUUUGUCGGAUCAGACCUAAUCUGUGAGAUCGGCUCAUCCCGUGAGGUAAAUCCUGGAUUAGAGAAUUACAAUCGGAUGUCACCUUUUGGAACUCGUAUUGGAUCUGACCCCGCCCCCUUUUUACGAUACAGAGACUGAAAAUAUUUGAUGAAUGAACUGAUUUGAUUUGGCACAUAGAGACGACACUAAUCGUUCGGCAGGGUUGGACUCAGACUCCGGGGAUUCUGGGACACGUUUGGGGGCGAUUAAAGAUUGGCCUCCUACUUUACCCUGAUGGAAUAGCACACUUGCGUCCUGAGCGACUCCCUCUUAAGCCCCUCCCCUUCUCCCUGCUCCGACACAAAGAGAAAAGGGAAGUUAAACGUCGAGUCCCCCACGACUGCAACUCGAAUCUGAUCCCGACUCGCCGGUCACCUGAUUCGUUUGCAGGCUGUUUUGGCGGGACUGAGUAUUUCACGGAGUCUUCCUGCGGAUCUUCAGCACAGGAAAACAUUUCUUCUUCUUUUGUUGCCCUUUGACCUUUAAUCGGGGGGGGGGUCAGCGAGUCCCGUGCAGAAAUGUGAGAAGUGGUGGAUUAUUGUUUGAUCGGGGGGGGGAGGGGGGAGGAGGAGAGACUGGUUCUACUAAAAGAUGAACUCACCCACUACGUGAACUUUGACAGCGCAUGCACGAUCUGCGUCAAAGGUCCCACACGACAACGUCACCUGUGUUCAGUUUAUGUUUUUAUCAUUUCGACAGAUUUCUGUUUUUUUUUAUAUAUAUUUUUUGUAAUGUCUGAUUGUUUGUGUGUAUGAGGACAAUGAUGUGUGUGUGUGUGUGUGUGUUGUGUCUGUGUGAACUGACCUGUGGUCUGUAUUGCAGCCAGUUUGUACCUUCCAGAGAGAAGGAGGGAUUCAGGAGGGAAAACAGAUUUUAAAAGGUGGACUCUGAAUCUUCAGCUAUAACCGCUUUGUCUCUUUUAGAGCCGCUAACUCUCAAUGCAACGACUGACGACCCCUCCCCUCCCACCCCCCUCCCACCCCCUCCAUGAUGGCACAUGAGUGAGGAAACCACUAUGUCGCAAUGCAUUCUGGAUCCUUUCGGUUCCGAGGAGGCGUCCUCGCGGAGGACGCUUUCCGCUUUUUUCAUUUCCACCAUUUUGUUUUCGUUGUCCUCUUCCGUUGGUUCGUUGGAAAUGAAAACUUGCAUGUGUCUGUUUUUUGCCACUUAGUGAAAAAAAUACGAACUUUAUAAAGUUAAAGAAAAAAAACAUGAAAUGAAACGAAACGCUGAAACUUUUAAGGAGUUUUUUCAGAUUUGCAUCUUUUUGUUUUUUUUUCAUGGGAACAUUUUUACCAGAAAACCUCCGAGAGGAGUUAAGACUUUUUUAUUUGUUUGUUGCCGUCAUGCAAGAAAUCAACUCUUAAUAUCAUAUUUUGGUUAUAUGUCAAAUAGUUUUCCCUAAAUAGAGGAAAGAAUUAUAUAUAAGUAUAUAUAUAUAUAUAAAUAUAUAUAUAAAUACAAAUUUAUCAACAGCAGAGGCUGCUGAUUUAGUGAAAUACCGCAGGGUACUGGACUAUAAUCUGUCAGAAGCUAUAAUCAUAUUUCUUUGUGAUGGUGCAACUCAACCAUCGUUCUCAUGAUGGUGUGUGUGUGUGUGUGUGGGGGGGGGGGGUAACAGACUGGAAGGUUUUAAUUUCUCUUCGACUCGUCUGAAAGAAACAGAAAAAAAUCCCUCGUCGCUUUCAUCAUCGACAACGAAGACGUCGACUCAGAGUUUUACACAGAAAACUUGUUUGUUUGAACUCUGCUGGUUUUUACUUCCUGUGACGGAGCUGAUGUCAUCAGGUGAACGGACUUUUAAUGAGAAUAACUUUAACUGUCAAGUGACGGGAUUCAUCUUUUAGAAAGAAAUAAAAAAAAAAAGAUUAGCGAGCGUUAACACGAGAAGCACAAACUGACGAUCACAUGCACGUAAACAAACCGUCGCAGAGCAGGUACAGAAUAUUCUAAAUAAUAAAAACUUUUUAAAAAGUUGCAGUAACAGUUUGAAGACUUGAUACAAGAGCUGUUGUCUUCUGUAAUUCAACGUCUGAAACUGAACCAGAUUCUCCUCGGACACACUGAAUAUGAAGUUUGCUGAUUUCAGAUCAGUUUCCCGUCGUUUUCUAAAAAGAGUGUCGAUGAAUCUGAGCGACGGGGGAUCGAACCUGUUGAGUGAAGCCCGGUCUCGUUUCAGACGUGUCUUCUGUGUCCUCGACCCUCGGAACCUGUCGCUGUUUCCUGAAUUGAGACUUUUUUUUAAGGUCAUAUUCUGCCAGAGUCGUAAAUUUUACGUGCGAUUAUCUUCCAGCCUCCACGGAAUCAAUUUGUCCCUCAGCUGAAAGUGUAAAUAAUUAAUGUAAAUAAUUUAUGAAGCAAAUGUACCAGAUAUUUCCUGGUUCUAGCUCCUCGCUGAGGAUUUACGUCUUUAGUUUUUGUAGCUUUAUAUCAUUUUGAAUUUAAUAUUUUUUUGGUUUUGGUACAAAUGAGCAGUUUGAAGACAUCUCCCUGGGUUCAGGAGAAAUCCUUUGUUAAGUUAAGGGAAAAGCAACAGUUGGUGUUUUCUUCUUCUUCUUCUUAACUUUGACCUGGAAGUCGUGGUUUGUUUUUAAAAGAAGAAAAAACGUGAGCAUGAAAAGAUGGAGCAGGAACGAUGAUGAUCCAACGUCCUCAAGGACUCAAGGACACUUAGAAUGGGACACGUCUGGAAUGGGACGAGCUGCGGACGAACGAGAGGGGACUCUUCCUCUGAGAAGUGAACGAGGGAGCAGAGGGAGCGUUUAAGGGGAUAAAUAUUCCGAAUGGAACGUAGCCAGGAGCCUGUUUGAAGGUUUUUACGAUGUUGGAAGAAGGAGGACGUUGAAGGACGAAGUGGAUCGGAGCCAAGAGCUUCCUGACGUACGAGCUGGAGGUCUGAGGGGGGGGAGGGGGGGUUCAGCAGCUGCUAGAUAAAAGACGAAACUGUUUCGUUUGUAGUUUUUUUUUUCCAUCAGUCAAAAGUUUCUUUUUUUAAUUUCAUCAUAUUGUUGAUAAGAUCUGUUCUCAUCCAGUCGCUCCGGUGUACAAACCCACUGACUCUUAACGUCAUCGCUCUGUAUCAUAGUAAAUAAAAAUGAUUUUCAGAAAUGAAAAACUCUAAAA